AGAACGCGACUGUUUUUCUUUCGCAGGCAACCCGCAAAGUUGCUCAAAUUUAGUCCACGGCGACUAAAGUUGACAUAAUGAAUGUAUUAGCGGCUCGUACGUUAGCACAUAAUAAUAAUAACAACAACAAACAUAAUAAUAAUAAACCGCUGUUGCUGAAGGAAACCCGUGGGACGUGUGUUACCCACUACGCCUGCGCACUCCAAAGCAAAACAUCGAGCCGCCCUUCUUCUUCUUCUUCUUCUCCUUCUCCUCCGCAGGGGUUGUGCGGACGUCGACCCGCAACAAUUUGCGCGUUAAUUCGCGCACCUUAUCGGACAUUUUUGACGAACGAAAAAAAAAAAUGGAGAGCCCGUAUCGCGCAGAAAACGACUCCCUCCUCCUGCUGCCGUCCCUCCGCCUCUUCAUACCUCCCCUGCGCCUGGUGUCCGCCGCCAUGUGGCAGGUCGUCCAGAGGGGCAGCGUGCAGGACUACGGGAUGGUGGAGGAGUUCGUCUGCACGGUUUCAGAAAUUGUACCCGAGCUUCUGAAUGCGGAUCAGAAGGCUCAGCUCCUCCUGGGACUCAGGGCGCGGGUGGUUCUCGAGCUGUGUCGGGCCGAGCGGAUAUUAGACACGGAAACCAUCGAGAUGCACCUGGAGCGGAUCAAGGCCCUCGUGUCCACCUGGGCGGCGCAGCCGUGUUUCGCGGAGGUCGAGUUCCCGGAAUCGAACUUUGUGGAUCAAAUCGAGUUGCUGUUGAAGGACGCCGACGAGAAGGAGAAGUUCUUCCAGGAUGUUUUCCCCAUGGAUUUUGGGCCUGAAUACGACAGCGCGCUACAGGUGCUGAUGCUGGAUUUUCUCUCCAGGCUGGAGAAGCUUCUCCCCGUACCAGACAUCCAGCAGACGGCCUCCAUGCUCGGCGCGGUCCCGUCCGCCCUGGAGGAGUGUGUCCACUCCGUUCCCGACCCGCAGCACCUGAAAACCGUGCUGCUGUACCACACCACACUUGGACAUUUGGAUUUACCUGAUGAAACUCAGACCAUUCCUUCCUCCUUUGGGAACUGCAUCCUCUCGUCGCUGUCCCUCCCUCAGCUGGAGAAGGUCGUGAUCGACGCGGACCAGAUUCAGCUGCAGCCUCCGUCGGAGCAGAUUCAAGGCUGCAUGACGGUCCAGGUGGAGGGCGAAACCGUGACCCUGCUGGACUACAUCCAGAUCGAACAGCCGUCGGGUUUGGGUAACCCUGACGACGACGACGUAGAAGAAAACGAACUAAACGAGGAGGAAGCAACAGAGGAGAUCGGCGACGCCCUGAAGCCGGCGGCUUUUCAGCCACUGAAGCAAAGCAAAAAGCUCCAGCUGAAGAGGAACGUUUUGAAGGAAAAGGACUCGGCGAAGAGGCAGAGGAAGAAAUACUCCAGCGAGAAAACGUGCCCCGUGUGCAAUAAGAUGUUCCUGCGGGCGGCGGCCAUGAGGCGGCACCAGGAAACGCACUCCUCCAACAGGGAAUUCAAGUACAAGUGCGCCAACUGUGACAAGCGCUUCCGGGACCACUACGACAUGAACCGGCACAACAUGCGCGUUCACGAAAAGGACGAGUUCGACAACAGCGCCAAAGAGGAGGAGGCGGGAGACGCCGGCACUUCCGAGGGGUCGGAAAACAAAAACUGCGCCCUGUGCGGGAAGUAUUUCGGCCGGCGGGUGGACAUGGAGCGACACAUGAGGUCCCACUCGGAGGACCGCCCGUACAACUGUUGUUUCUGCGAGAAGAAGUUUAAGAACCCCUACGUUUUGAAGAGACACCAGCAGGAGAUUUGCAAGAGCCGAGAGCUGAAAAGGCCGAAGAAGAGAGAGACGCAGCGCGCCAAGCCGCCGCAGCCGCCGCCGCCCGAGGGCUCGACGGAGGGCAAAGUCUGCCCCAUCUGCAGCCGGAUCCUACCCUGCACCGCGGACAUCUCCAAGCACCUGCGCUCUCACACGGAAGAGCGUCCUUUCAUAUGCGUCACCUGCGAGAAGGGCUUCAAGUACAAGGACACGUUGAAGAAGCACCAGAUCAUUCACGGCCACGAGGGCAUCCGAGAGGAGCAGAGCAAGACGGUGGAACAGAUUCUGGCGGAAGCCGACGCGGGCAACGUCGAUAAAAAAGACGCGGAUCCGGACGCGCCCGCGGACGCUUCCGAGGACUCCCCGUUGACGCCGAUGCAGAGGGUCAAGAGAAAAGCCGGCAAAGUCUGCCCCGUCUGCUCUCGGGCGUUCGACAGCGUCAAAACGCUGAACAGGCACGUGCAGUGCCACACCGAGGACCGCCCGUACCACUGCGUCCACUGCAAGAAGCGCUUCAAACACAUGCACGGGCUCAAGAGGCACCAGAUCUACGCCAUUUGCCACAAGAAAAUCACCCGGUUCUCGUGGAAGAAAGAGCAGCGGGCGGGGCCCAGCCACGGCGACGCGACGGGCGCCGACCCGCCGCCGCUCAAGAUUCCCGUGUGGUGCUCGAACUGCGGCAAACACUUCGAGUACCCGUCGGCUCUGAAGGAGCACCAGGAGAACGUCUGCCGAGUGGAGGUGAGUGAAAUCAUGAGGUGCGACGACUGCGGGAAAGAGUUCAAGAGCAUGACGAUGCUCAAGGUGCACCAGAGGAUCCACGACCCGCUCUACUGCAAGGAGUGCGGCAAGAUCCUCGCCAACGAGCCGGCCUUCGAGCGCCACAAGCUCAUGCACCGGCCGAUGCAGUGCACCAUGUGCGAUAAGGCGUUCACGCUGCUGCGGCGCCUGCGGGAGCACUACGAGAAGCAGCACGAGUUCAUCGGGCCGUAUCCCUGCACGCAGUGCGACAAGACCUUCAUGCAGCUCUCCUACCUCGCCAUCCACCAGCGGAUCCACAAGGGCGAGUUCCCGUACAUCUGCAGCAUGUGCCCCGACAAGUUCCGGUCCUCCAACUGUCUGACGGUGCACCAGAGGAAGCACACCGGGGAGAAGCCCUUCCUGUGCUGGCAGUGCGGCAAGUGUUACCGCUCGGCCUCGGAGCUCACGGUGCACAUGGGCACCCACUCGGAGGAGAGGCCCUGGGCCUGCGCGCAGUGCGACAUGGCCUACCGCACCAAGCUGCAGCUGACCAACCACGUGGAGCAGGUCCACAUCGGCGUGCGCUACCCCUGCAACAGCUGCGGGAAGCAGUUCAUGAAGGAGACGUCCCUGAAGAGGCACGAGCUCAUCCACACGGGCGAGAGGCCUCACCAGUGCACCGUGUGCGGGAAGACCUUCCUGACCGCCAACGAGCUGCGGCUGCACAACCGCUAUCACACCGGGGAGCGGCCGUACAAGUGCGAGGAGUGCGGCAAGGCCUUCAUCCAGUCGGGGUAUCUGAAGUCGCACAUGCGCAUCCACACCGGGGAGAAGCCGUUUAAAUGUGACAUAUGCGACAAGGGCUUCCGGUUGUCUUAUCACAUGAAGAAGCACCGGCGGACGCACGCCGGCAAGCCGAAGAGCUACAUAUGUGAGGAGUGCGGCGUGUCCUUCCUCCAUAAAAAGUCUCUUUGGGAACACUCGCUCUGUCACGACGUGAAAGUAGAACCAUCGUUCGCUGGUGAAGUGAGAAUAGAAUUUCAAUAGAAACCCUCGUAUUUUCACACAGGUUGUUUUUUAUAUAUAU